ACAGUUUAUACAUACAUACGUACGUACGUACAUGCAUAUAUUAUGUACUUAACUAGGGUACCAUAAUGAAUCGGAAAGCGACCAGGUCUGAUUGAUAGUAAUGAGAAUCAUGAUGGACCACUGGGCUAUAGAGGAGUGAUCCGGCCAGGGGGUUGGAGGGAGUUAAUUUCAAGAAAGAAAAAACACUGCUACACUCAAGUUAAUAAUCUGGUAUGACGUAAGAAGAAUGUAUCUCUAGUGUAUCCUAUCGAUUAAACAACCCGGAGUAAAUUCAACUUAAAUCAGAACUAUGGGCUCUGCUACAGAUGGUCCAGAUGAGGAUGAAUGUUUGAAUGAUUCGGAUCAACUAGAACACGAGAAGCAGGCUCUGAAUCUUCUAAAGAAACUGCAGGAUCUAAAGGUCUGGCAAAAUAGACAGGAGGAAAGGUUGUUGGAGGAACAGAAAAAUCAGAUCCUGUCCUUGGAGCAGCUCGGUCUCAAACCCUAUCCUGGAUCUAGACCUGGAGCUAGACCUGUUGCUCCAAUUCAUCCAGGACCCCGGUUACCUGUUACAAGGGAGGAACUUGUUGAAGAAGAUGAUGAUACAACUGUGUCAAGUCUAGCUUAUGAUGAAGAACUCUCAACCCUCUCAGAGGAACCAGAGUUAGAUGAGUCAGAGCAUACCUGGGCAGAUAGAAAUACAAAUAGACCGGAGACAAAGAAUUUGAAUGUAUCCAACGGGUCCGUGAUGACCCUGAGUGAUGAUGCAGGAGGACGGGUUCAACCUCCUCAACAGCAUACAGAGGAGGAACAAGAUGAUGAAGCUCUGGAAGAUAACGAGGAUGAGGAGGAAGAAGAGUACAGAGAGAACCCAGAGAACCAACCCGUCCAGGGAGCAGGACGAACCUUUGCUCAGCUUCUUGCAGAUCAGCUUGGAGUGGAAUCACUACCUGAUCCAAGUCCUGAAGAACUUACCCCACCCAGGAAACCUGUUGUCAAGAAACCCUUCCUUCGUCGGGGAGCAGGGUUAACUAGGUUCAAUCUUGCUCCGGAUCCAUCCCAGCAGCCGAGCAGAGUCAAGCGGAGUAAAUCCCAACCUAGAUUAUCCGACUCGGAUCUCAGGAAUCCGUCCAGACUUAGCCAGGAGACUCUGUCCUACUCCUGUAAGAAAACUUCUCCUAAACGUAUUGUAGCGUCCAGAUCUCUGAGUAAAUUAGAGGAUUCUAGUUCAACAGGAGUCCGACAUUCUCCCCCAGCCAAACUAAAGCUGAAAUCUCCUCAACUCAAGUCGCCUCCGGCGAAGAAGAAGAGUUCUCCGGCUCUACAGGCUCCCAGAGCUGCGGCUCCGAAACCCAGGGAGAUCGGAGCUAAAGGAGCAGGUUCUUUCAACCCUGAUCUAAACCUGGGAGACUCCGUGGAAAAUAGUUUCAGAGAAAAAUUACAUUUUCAGGAAAAACGUCAUGAGAAAGAACUAAAAGAAUUGGCUGUUUUUGAACUGUUGGAAGACGCAGCUAAUGAUACAUCUUUUUGUAGUACAAGUUCCCGGGUAAAAACAUUAAUGGAUAAUUCAAUACUUCCAUCCCCUAGUCGUCCAACUCCACUUCUAGCACACAGUACUCCAUUCCAGUCCACUAGUACUCCAUUCCAGUCCACAAGUACUCCCUCAUCUUUCAAGUCGACCAGUACUCCUGCCUCCUUUCACUCCUCAACUACUCCUAUUCUACAUAGAGACAACACAGAAGUUGACGAAAAUGAGGAUCCUAGCCUAGGACGGAGUCUAAUGGAGGAUAUUCGGAGGUUUAUUAUGGGGAAGAAUGAAGAGAAGAAUCUGAAUGGCCAGGAUUGUGAACAUGAUGAUGAAGAUGAAGAUAGAUAUAAAGAUGAUGAGUAUGAAGAGGAUGAUGAUGAUGAGUCUACAGUAUGUGAUGAGGAUAAUGUCUCCAUAGGAAAAAACUGGCGAGAACGAAUGGUGGAGUGGGACAAGGAGAACCAGGAGAACCUAGAGAACGGGUUACCGACCAGGGACAUCAUGGAAUUCUCGCCGCCGGCCAAAAUGCCGAAAAAUAGUCCGUCCUAUCUUAUCUGGAGUAUAUUCACAAGGGAACGGGAAGAGCGUAAGCAACGGAACCAGGAACGUCAGCAGCUCUCUAGCAAGGGUAAUAAUGUUCCAAGAUCUAAGGACGGGUUGGAACCUCCUAGAUCAGCUCCUGCUAAGCUUUGUCUUGCUUCUAAACCUGGUUCUACACGAUCUCCUGCUCCUAGUACACCAGGAGACCAGGAGCUUAAUUAUCAAAGCACGCUUCUUCAAAUGCGCGUAGUAGAGUUAGAGCAGGAGAUAGAUACGUUUAAGAAGGAGAACGCUAAGGUUCUAAACCUGAGGAAAAAGCUGGACGAGGAGAAGCAGAGGCUCACCAAGGACUGGGAGGAGUUUGAGAAGGUUCGAGAUGAUGGCAAGAAGAAGAUAGAAGAGGAGAGAAGAAGAGUGAGAAGAGAGAAGAUGCUUCUAGAUAAAGCUAUCAAGGAGUCUACUACACCUAAAGUAUGUUCUGAAUGUAAAGAAACCAAGAGUAAAUAUACAAGAUUACAACAAGAUCUAUCUUCUAAAGAAAACAAGUGGACUGCUGCUCUUGUAAAACUUCAAGAACAGUUGCAAAAAGUUGAGAAGGAGAAGAAUAGUUUACAGAAUGAAAACCAGAAAUUAAGAAUAAAAACUGUGUCCAGCAAGAUUACUACAGUUAGCUCAGCCACAGGUUCUAAAACGGAUGUUAAAGUGGUUUCACAUCCCGGAAGUGGAAACGCCGGAAGUGACAAGACCCCUGACUCUGGUAUCCGGAGUAUCCGGAGUAGUGGAACCAGUUCUGAGGAUGAAUAUCUGGACCAAGAGCUCCGACAAAGUAUUUCAAGUUCUGUGUACGCAGCUCUGAGCGGAGAUACCCCGAGAUUGAGCUACAGUCCUGCGGACUCCUUGGAUUCUAGUGUAACCCUAGUAUCCGGGUUCGCUAACAUUACUCCAGGUAGAGAGGAUGAUUUAGCCCCAGGAAGAGAGUUUGACCAAGAGAAUGAUGUUGACCUACCCAAGGUUGUGAACAACUCUGAACGUGGAACAAGGGAGAAGAGGUUUCCCGAUGGUAGGCUAGAGAUAUGGUACGCGAACGGAAACAGGAAGGAGGUUAGCGCAGAUGGUAAAACAGUUAAAGUUUUCUACUAUAACGGCGACCUCAAGGAAACGCAUAGUGAUGGUGUAGUAAAGUAUCUUUACAGUCAAACACAGACUUGGCACACUACUUACCCAGACUCAAGGGAGGUUCUGCACUUCAGUAACGGACAGGAGGAGAUUCGAUAUCCGGAUGGAUCUAUGCAAAUCUCCUUCCCGGAUGGGUCUGUGAAGAAAAUAAGCCGGGACGGAUGUGAGGACAUUCAUUUCCCUGAUGGUACCCGUGUGGAGGUGGGUGUGUCCGGUGAUCGAGUGCUCCACCUACCCAACGGGCAGAGGGAGGAGCACAGCAAGGACAUGAAGAAGCGCGUUUAUCCCGACGGGACGCUCAAGAUAUUGUACACGGACGGUAGACAGGAAACAAGGUACUCCAACGGACGGAUAAGAAUUAAAGACGGUCUUGGUAAACUUAUCAAGGACUCGCACAGUUAACAGUUAUCAAUUAACAGACGUUUACAGCUGGCAAAACUAACAACUAUAGCUGUUCUGAUAUAGACAGCUUCUAGCUAAGAAGGUGAUUUUAAUCGCCUUUAUCAAUAUUAGCAUGACUCAUUAGAUAAAAGUGUUUAAUCGCCGUUAUCAUUAUUAGCAUGACUCAUUAGAUAAAAGUGUUUAAUGACAAUCAUGAAUCAAGAAACUAAGCUGCAGUUAGUUUUCAUUAUUAAGAAGAGGUUUUUUAAAUUAAUAAACAAAAUUAUAAAUAAUUCAGAAUUUUGAUUUAAAGCAUGUAAUUAUGAUCAUGUUCUUUUAUACUAUAUAUUGGCCAAAUAAAACAUGUUAUGAUCUCGUGUCACUAGCGUUAACUUGCCUACUUUUAUAUUUGAACCUUCUAGUUAUCAAAUUUAACAAGAAUUUUGUAAAUAUUAUGUACAUUCUACAUAGUAUUGUGUACACUGUACACCGUGUAUUGUAUACACUAAAUUACUAUGCAGUACACUAUCUCCGAACAUUCAAUUCAACCGGUAUUUCUGUAAUUUGUUAUUUCUUUGUAAAAUGUUUCAUCUUUUUUUACUUGACAAAAAAGUGUCUUUCACUGUAAUUCAUUAUUAUCAUAGAUUAUCCAAAUGUUAGACAAUUAUAUUGAUAAAAUAUAUGUAAAUUUAUGUUC